AGUCAAACUAUGAAAAAAGAAAAAAAAGAACGUGGUGGGUAAAGAUUUUUUAUUUUUCUUAGUUUAAGUUUGGUGGGGUGUAUUUUUUUUUUUACAUCUCUAACUUUUAUCAUAACAGAUUGUUUAUUUUAUAUUUUUAUCAUUUAUUUUUAUAUUUUUAUCGUAAUAACUUUGCAUGUCCUAGGCGAGUGCAUUUCAUUUAUAAAUACUCGCUGUAAAUUCAGACAUUCAAACAGUGUAAUUACGGUUGAUAUCUGAAAAUCCAAAAAUCAUUUGAAUAUCUUAUUCCUCAUCCGAAUUCCAAAAUUCCAUUAUUAUUUCACUGUCGAUCCUUCCAAAUAUCUCGGUCAAUUUCAUUUACCGGUGAAGAUGUCGACGGCGAGAGCCGGUAACGACGAUAGUUCUAACGGCGUUGAUACGACUCCGUUACUUACUGAUCAGGUGUUUAGGAGCCGACGUUUGGCGCGCCGAGCUCCGAGCUUAAGAGGAGCGGCUCGAUUUCUCCGGCGAGCAAGUAGUCACAGAAUGAUGCGUGAGCCGUCAAGGCGCGUGAGGGAAGCUGCAGCUGAGCAAAUAGAGGAACGGCAGAGCGAUUGGGCGUAUUCGAAACCUGUAGUGAUAUUGGAUCUUUUAUGGAACUUAGCUUUUGUGAUUGUAUCAGUUUCUGUGUUGAUUUUGAGCCUUGAUGAGUCGCCGUCUAUGCCUUUAAGGCUUUGGAUUAUUGGAUAUGCUUUACAGUGUUUGCUUCAUAUGGUUUGUGUUUGCGUUGAGUAUAGACGCCGAGUUCAGCUUAGCGAAUCCUCGACGAUUUUGAAUUCUGAGCAGAGAACAUCUGCAGCUGCUGGAAGUUGGAACAGUUCGAGUUCGGGAAGUGACGGCGGGGAACCUGGUGAUUAUCAGUCUGAAAGGCAUCAGAAUGAGGAUGAAACUAGUGUUGCUAAGCAUCUGGAAUCUGCAAAUACCAUGUUUUCUUUCAUUUGGUGGAUAGUUGGUUUCUAUUGGAUAUCUGCUGGUGGCGAAAGUUUGACCCAUGAUGCACCUCAACUUUACUGGCUUUGUCUCACAUUUCUAGCAUUCGAUGUAUUCUUUGUUGUUAUAUGUGUUGCCGUGGCAUGUCUCAUUGGAAUUGCUGUGUGUUGCUGUCUACCAUGUAUUAUUGCUAUUUUAUAUGCAGUGGCAGACCAGGAAGGAGCAACCAAGGAAGACGUUGAGAGAUUGCCUAAAUACAAGUUUCGAAGACUUGGUGAUUUUGAAAAACAAAAUGGUGAGAUUCAAGAAUCAUUUGGAGGAGUAAUGACUGAAUGCGACACUGAUACACCCAUUGAGCAUGUUCUUCCACUGGAAGAUGCUGAAUGUUGCAUUUGCCUUUGUUCCUAUGAAGAUGGAAUUGAGCUGCGUGAGCUCCCUUGUCGUCACCAUUUUCACUCCGUCUGCAUAGACAAGUGGCUGUACAUGAAUGCAACUUGUCCUCUUUGCAAGUUCAAUAUACUUAAAAGUGGCAAUCAGAGCAGCAGUGAAGAUGCAUAAGCCUGUUUAAUACUGUAUAUGCAGCCAUCAAAAUGAUCAUCUUGUUGUACUUCUGGUUGUUCUUAUCAGAUUCAGCCUCUAGUAGGUGCUUAUAUUCGCAUGUCCUAGCACUUGCAUCUCUUGUCAUGUUGUAGUGUGUAAUUUUGUGUGCUUACAUAUGUUUGUAAUACUUUCUUGUUCUAUAUCACAUGUAGAUGUCCAAUUUAAUCUGAGUGAUAAUGUACGAAAUCUCAUCAUCUUGAUGUUUGAUACGACUCCCUAUUAGGGUAGCUUACACUA